AAGUAGCCAGUGUGGGUUUGUAGUGUGUUCGGGAACAUUUAUUGGACAUAACAUAGUGCUAAUAUAUUUAAUAACAGCCAUAAUAUGAUACUUACAUACUUUAUGCAAUCAACCUUACUGCAUAUAGAGGAAAAAUAUAGUUCGUUUUGCACAAAUUGGAGGAACGGGCAUAAAUAAUCCCCCCCCCCCUUUUCCUGGUGAGUUGGCCCAGUCUCACAAAAUGAACUUCAAUAGUAUAGCCUACUGUAAGACUUUGCAUAUUGGGCGCUCUCCUAACACUACUUCAACUUGUCACUCAGGUCGGCUGUCCGUUUAGAAUUGCAUUUGGACAUCUACCAGAUAGCGUAGCCGUGCGAAAGCUUUAAUCUGACAUUGCUGCUGUAUUUUGAACAGAAUGAUACAGCCUACGUGACCAAGAAUCUGACUCCGAAAUCAAAACCGGGUGUCUACGGAUCUGCAGAAGCUAACUGUCUGACGACAAACCCACGUCUGUUGAGAUGCUAACGUUAGUUAGCUUCAAUAUUCGUUGAAAACAUCUAGCUAGCUAACCAGACGACCGGUAUCCAUUCUCAUUAAUUGCAUGCGUAGCUAGCUACCUGUGCAUGCUCUGCAUAAUGCAGGUAUUUCAAUAGCUCGUUGUUGUUUACUUGGACACAUUAACUGGCGACAGCAGACACCACUGGCUAAACCACCUGCGCACACACGCCUCGGUAGGUGCCAGUGUCCCUUCUACCACACUGGACUAUCAGGGUCUCGGAUAGAUACGUGGGUCAACAACGGUUUAACAGGGGUGUUCCAACUCAGCGGAAUAGACACCGGGCAGGUUCCCGUUCACAAGAAGAGCUCCCUUUCGUUUCUAUCCGACUACCGGCUGAACAUGGAGUCAGGUGACAACAGCUCAACAGCCGAGCUCAUGAGUCGGUAUGUGUCUUCGGAACUCGGCUAUGGGGUACCGAAGGACGGCUGGCGGAUCUGCUUGGCGCAUGAGUUCAAGGAGAAAAGGAAGCCAUUUCAAGCCAAAGAUGUGUCCCUCUCCAACAUCGUUGAACACAUUGGCCUUGGAGUCAGGUAUCUCAAGUGGUGGUAUAAGAAGACUCAAAUAGAGAAGAAGGCACCUUUCAUUGAUAUGUUCCGAGCCAUUCCCCUGAGACAGAUCUAUGGUGCUCCUCUUGGCGGUAUUGGAGGAGGUACCAUCACGCGAGGCUGGCGGGGGGAGUUCUGCAGGUGGCAACUCAACCCUGGGAUGUACCACUACAAAACUGUAAUCGCUAACCAGUUCACGGUGUGCCUGCGUCGGGGCGGUCAGACGGUGUACCAGCAGGUGUUGUCAGUGGAGCGCCCCCCCACGCUGCAGGGCUGGAACUGGGGCUACUGCGGAGAGUACGCCUUCUACCACGCCUUGUACCCCCGGGCCUGGACAGUCUACCCCCUCCCUGGGCAGAAUGUCACCCUCACCUGUAGACAGGUGUCACCCGUCAUCCCCCACGACUACCAGGAUUCCAGUCUCCCAGUGGCGGUGUUUGUGUGGGACAUAGAGAACAAGAAUGACUACCCGCUGGACGUCUCAAUCAUGCUCACCAUGGUCAAUGGGUCAGGCCACAAGGACGACAAGAGCGGGGGCCACUGGAACGAACCAUUCCACCUGGAGAAGGAGGGGGAGUCAGUGUCUGGAGUUUUGCUUCAUCACUGCACCACAGUGAACCCCUACACUCUGUGCGUGGCAGCGCGAGAACAGUCUGACAGGGAGAUCAGUCACCAGACAGCGUUCAGUCCAAAGGGAACCUGUGGGGCGCUGUGGGGUGACCUCAUCACUGAUGGACGGCUGGACUCCCCCACUGGUUCCAGUCCUCCCACCGAGAAGGGAGAGAAGGUGGCAGCAGCCCUGGCAGUGGGCUGUUCAGUGCCGGCUCAGGGCCACAACGAUCUGGAGUUUAGCUUGGCGUGGGACAUGCCUAACAUCACAUUUGGCUCCAGGGAGAGGGAACACGUCAGGAGGUACACGCGUUUCUUUGGUACCAAGGCGGACGCGGCUCCCUCUCUCAGCCACUACGCACUGACACACUACAGACUGUGGGAGAGGAGUAUCGAGGAGUGGCAGAGACCCAUACUGCAGGACAGCUCUCUCCCAUCCUGGUACAAAUCGGCUCUGUUCAACGAGCUAUACUUCGUGGUGGAUGGGGGGACGGUGUGGACGGAGCUGCCUGAGGACAGCGAUGUCAGUGGGGGGCUGCGGAGUGAGGACGGGGGGCUACCCGCCCAGCCUGCCAUCAUCAAGGAGUACGGUCGCUUUGCCUACUUAGAGGGUCAGGAGUACAGGAUGUAUAACACGUACGACGUGCACUUCUACGCUUCCUUUGCACUUAUCAUGCUAUGGCCCAAACUAGCCCUCAGCUUGCAAUAUGACAUUGCUGGCAGUGUUGUUUCGUGUGACCCGACUGAAAGACUCCAUCUGAUGAGUGGCAGAAAUUCUCCUGUGAAGGUUAAGAACGUAGUCCCUCACGACAUAGGAGACCCAGAUGACGAGCCGUGGCAGCGUGUCAACGCCUACCUGAUCCACGACACGGCCGACUGGAAGGACCUGAACCUGAAGUUUGUCCUGCAGGUCUACAGAGACUUCCACCUGACCCAGGACACACAGUACCUCCAGGACAUGUGGCCCAUCUGCCAGGCCGUGAUGGAGUCAGAGAUGAAGUUUGAUACGGACGGAGACGGUCUGAUAGAGAACUCAGGCUACGCCGACCAGACCUACGACGGAUGGACCGCAACAGGACCUAGUGCGUACUGUGGGGGUCUGUGGCUGGCCUCUGUGUGUGUGAUGUGUAAGAUGGCCAGGCUGGUGAACAAUGAGGCUGUCUUCCAGCGCUUCAGAGACAUACUAGACCGGGGGAGCGCCGCCUUCGACAAGCUGCUGUGGAAUGGCCAGUACUACAACUACGACAGUAGUGGGCAGGAGUUCUCCAACAGUGUGAUGUCAGACCAGUGUGCCGGCCAGUGGUUCCUACGGGCAUCUGGAUUGGGAGAUGGCCAGUUUCAGGCCUUUCCUAAGGAGAAGAUUUGCAGUGCACUGAAGUCUGUGUUUGACCUGAACGUGAUGAGUUUCGCUGGGGGUCAGAUGGGUGCGGUCAACGGUAUGAGGCCGGAGGGGGUACCUGACCACUCCAGUGUCCAGUCAGACGAGGUGUGGAUCGGGGUGGUGUACGGACUGGCUGCUAUUAUGAUCCAUGAGGGUAUGUUGGAGGAGGGUCUACGUACAGCAGAGGGCUGCUACCGGACGGUGUGGGAGCGUCUGGGCAUGGCCUUUCAGACCCCGGAGGCCUACUGUGAGAAGGGCAUCUACCGCUCCCUGGCCUACAUGAGGCCUCUCAGCAUCUGGGCCAUGCAGCUAGCCCUGGAUACCUCACAACCACGAGACCAGGCCCCCCAGACCACCACCACACCUACUGACCAGGCCCCCCAGACCACCACCACUAUACCAACUGAGACUGAGGGAGAACCAGGACAGAAGGAGAGUCAGGACCAGGGUCACAUUCAGUAAUCUAAACGUUAUCGAAGGUAGCUGAUUGCACCACAGAGACUGAGUUGCUGGGACAGGGACAGAGGGGAUACCAAAGGAAGAUCUCAAGGCGAGAGAGGACAUGAGGAGUAUACAAUUGUCUUUUUCUCAAAACCCAUUGGAUGAGAAAGCCAGAGGUCCCUUCCCUCUUACCUUCUCCCAAUGGGUUUUGAGAAGGAGGGGAUGGGAGGACAUGAGUAUACAAUUGAGAUCUUCCCAAUGAGAGGAGGAGAGUCUGGACUAGGACCAUGUUCAGAAGCCUAAAUGUUGUUGAAAGAUGCAUAUAGAACUGUUAUGAAUGGACCCGAGAUGAAUUAUUCUGUCAGAGAGGGGUGUUAGUUCUACGUAACAUAUUUUUAUCAGAAAAUGCCACAACGUUGUGCCCUGCUGAACACGUCCCUGGACCAGACUGGUGUGGAUGAGGAGAGACCGAAAAAAAGGGGUUGUCCCAGAACUGAGGCAGUCGAACUGAAGAACUACAACAUUUGAUUCUCUAAAGAUUUCAAGUUCCAGAAUCUAAUGACUGAAACUUUCCGUCUGGCUGUCUGUCAUCUCAUUCUACAUGGAGUUUACAACGCAACUUCCUGUUCCACUGGUUGUCUCUGUAGACACACACACACACACACACACACACACACACACACACACAACCAUAAAUACUCAAGCUUGCAUCUACAGAACAAAACAAGCUCAUAUACAAAGUGUGACAAUGACUCUGUAUAUCACUGUAGCAGCUAUAAUCAAAUUAGUCUGAAUUUGAAUGAGAAUAUGUUUAUUAUUUCAGACUUCUACUGGUAGGUUUAACCAAUGGGAGACUGAGUCCAGAAGUCUAGAAGACUUAGAAUAAAGACUUGAUAAAAAUCGG